AGGUGGCACUUAGCGUUAUGAUUUCACCAUCAUUUGGAACAGACUUUGAUGGAUCUUCAGCUUCUUUGACCAAUUUAACUUCAGUACCACCCUGCACGUCAUCUCCUGAGACGUUGUCUUCAACUUCAAUUCCACAUUCUGAUAACGAAAUUCCUUCACUUUCAUUAAGAAAUUCUUCAAUUUGGUGAGAAUGAGAUGGCGAUUAAUCUAUUCAGGAAGCAAAUCGGAGACAAGCAAAGUCAAAUUAGUUUUUAUGAGAGACACAUCGUGGAAUUGCAAAACAAGAAGGAUGAAAUAAUGAAUUCUAGUGGUGGUGCCGGAGGUGACAAUAUUUCUGUUGGCACCGAAACUCAAUUACAGAAUGAACUUAUAGCGCUGAAGGGUUCUAUAAAGGAUCUUCAAGACAGACUAAGUUCAAAAGAUGAAGAAAUUAUAAAGUAUCAAACGCUAUUGAAAGUCGACAGAGACAAGCAUAGUUUAGCAGCUGCAAGUUUGCAAGAAGAGCUACAAAAGCUGAAAGCCUGCCUUCUGGAGGAAAAGCAUAAGAAUGAAAGUCAGAAAGAGACAUUUGCAAAACAGCAACCCAAUAGAGCUGCUUUGGAACAGUAUAUUUCACAGGUGCAUGCACUGGAAAAGCACACCUCAGAGUUGCAUACCAAGAUAUCAAGCUUGGAAGCCCAACUUCAAUCCAGCAGAGAAGAGAACGUGAGGUGGAUGUCUUUGGCCAAUGACAGACUCAAAGCCAUGGAGGAACUGCGAAACAGGUGA